AUGAUUAAACAACAGCAACCACAACAACUUAAGGCACAGACCAUUACAUACGCCAUAUAUGCAUAUAAUUCAAAGACGGCAGAACAAACGCAAAUGUUGAAAUAUGGAGAUUUGGAGAUAGUAUUGAAAAAUGACCAUUUCGAAUUCGUUUGCAAAGGUGGUGCAGUGAUAUCAAAUAUAAAAGAAAUUUUAUUUAUGAAUUCAAAAAUUAAAGGAAUAACGGAUGAUAUAACAUCAAUUCCACCAGAAGAACAAAGAUAUUACGCAUUAAAUGCAUUUCCUAAAGUUUUGAAGAUUGGAAGAUUUAAUUUAAAUGAGGAAUUCAUAAAAGGUUUCCUAAAUGACAUAAUGAAGAAAGUAGAUAAGGAAUAUGUGGAUAGUGAAUUAAUGAAGAAGGUAGAUAAGGAAUAUGUGGAUAGUGAAUUAAUGAAGAAGGUAGAUAAGGAAUAUGUUAAUGAAAAAGAUAAUGAAAUUAUAGAAAGGGUUGAAUGGUAUCAUGAACGGACAUCGAAGAUUCUUAAAACUAAAGCUGAUACAGGAUGGGUUUCAGAAUGUUUAGACCUUAAAGCAGAUAAAACUUAUGUUAACAAUGAGUUAGAGGAGAAAGCAGAUAAGAACCAUACACAUACAAGUUUUACAACUGUUGCUAUAGAAAGUAAGGCGCCGUCGCGGUUCGAACCACAGACCUUGACCCCUCCAUAA